GGUUUUUUUUUUUUUUUUUUUUUUUUAUUAUUAUAAUUAUAAUUAUCACUUAUUUUCAAAUUCUUACUUCAUUUUUAAGAAACUUGGGUUUUGUGAGGGAGGUUGCAUGAGUGGUUGGUGUCUUGUAGAUAAGUUAGAUGGGUUCAUAGGAGAUCGAGAUUGUUGUGGUGUGGCGUGCUGUCUUAAAGAAGCAAUCCUAUUCUUUCUUUCUUUCUUUCUCCAAGUGACUGGAAGUCGGACGUAUCUUAGAGUUCUUUGGUCUGUGACAGCGGGAGCCAUGAAUGUCGACGUUGAGGAGGGGGGUUGUGUUUAGUGUCGUUGUGGAUUGAGUUGUAGGGGUUUUUGACAUGCCUGAUUGAAAUAUGGGCUAGGCAUGGUUGAUGCUGGUUUGAGGUCGACCUUGCUUGUGACGUGGAGGGAGAGAUUCUAUCUAUGAAGGCUCGAUGCAGGAGUUUUUGUUGUUUCUUUCCUCUUCGUUUCAUUUUUCUUUGCUAUGAAAGCAAGUUCUUGAAUAUUGGUGCGUUACACAACAACUUCUACCACUACUUAGAUUCUUUCCGACUUCCUGAGUAGAAUGAGGCUUCCUUGCUCAUGAACGAAUAUCGAUGAGGUACUCUGUCCAAGAAUUACAAUUUUUUCUGGCUCAACAUUCUAUGUAAUUUAGAUUUGCUGCGAGGGGCGAAGAGAAUUGUCUUCUUAUUUGUCACGCUUAUAAUGUACGGCUACAAACUCCUUUUUCGCGCCCGCCAUCAGCCAAAGCUUUACUAAUGAAUUAAGGAGGCCUAUGGAUUUGAGAACCUUCCAGUGAAGAUUGCCUGGAAGAGUUGCUAUGAUAUUUAAUUAGGGGACUUUAUGAGCUAUUGGAGGAACUUGUGCAGCAGGAAGGCAUUUAGGAUGUGAAUCUACUGGUUGGCUCUUAGCAGUUGACUAUCAAAAACCAGACUCAUCAACCGCUUUUUUCCCUCGAUUUUUGUGUUUACUUCUUAUGAAGAACACAGCAUAGGUAUAGGAGAUUCCCGUCACAUUCGAGCACACAGGUCUUCAAGAACCAGCGCUUGGUUUUUGAAACUAUUGCGCAUUAGAAACCUUCACCUGAGUAGUUGUUCAUCUGGGAUAGGGCUCAUAACAGGCAUCGGAAAUGUCGGAGUCAGGCAGCUUGGACCUGUUGUCCUCGUUUUGGAUUAAUUCUGUUCUCUCAGUAGCUUUUUUGAUAUGCUAUGCACUAUUUAAGAAUCAACCGUUGAAUUCUCGGGUAUAUUUUCCAAGAUGGUACGUAUUUGGCGAGGACGAACGGAUUGACGAAUUUGUGAAUUGCGGAGAAUCGAAGGGAUCAAGGAUUUCCCAGUACGUAAAUUUGAACUGGAGGAGCUAUCUGAAUGGAUUUAACUGGAUAUGGUUUUCCUUACGGAAGACAGAGGAGGAACUCAUUGAACUUGUAGGGCUCGACUCCACUGUUUUCGUCCGAAUAUUUCUGUUUGGGUUAAAGGUUUUUGUCCCUAUGUUGUUGUGGGGAUGUGCGGUGUUAAUUCCUGUGAACAAAACCGACGGUUACCUCAAAGUACUACAAGAACAACACCAAAAUCUCACGUACGGUGCCCCUGAGAGUCUUUCCAUUGCGAACGUUGAAGACUCGGCGAAGCGGUUAUGGGCACAUUUGGUAGCGUCAUAUCUUUUCACUGGUUGGACAUGCCUCAUGCUUUAUAUCGAGUAUGCUACGGUAGAAAGGAUGCGUUAUGACUUCCUCGCUUCUAAGAAACAACGCCCAGACCAGUUCACGGUCUUGGUGAGACAGGUGCCCCGUGACGAAAACCAAUCAGUGGGGAUGCGCAUCCAGGAAUUUUUUCAACAAACUCACCUUGAGCACUACGUUACUCACCAGGUUGUGUAUAAAGCUAAGGAACUGACAAAGCUUAUAAAGGAGAAAGAGAAGUAUGAAGGUAAGUUAGAGCGGUGGUAUGACCAGUUAUCAAGGGAGCCAUCGACUCCGCGGCCUACUAUUAAGCCGCGCAAGCAUUGGUAUCAUAUUUUUAGAUGUUUUACAACAAAGAGAGAAGACGCCAUUGAUUAUUACGAACGUGAAAUUGAGCGGCUGGAAGAUGAGAUUAAGAAGGAGCGUAAGAAGGUCCUUUCAGAUCAAAAAUAUGUUAUGAGGGCGGGGUUUGUCUCCUUCGACUGUCGCUGGGCGGCUGCGGUUUGCGCUCAAACCCAGCAAAGCAGAGACCGUACAAAGUGGAUAACUGAAUGGGCUCCAGAGCCUCGUGAUGUCUACUGGAAUAAUUUAGCUAUACGCUACAUGUUGCUCAAUUCUAGACGGCUGGUUGUUACUGCACUUGUGGUCGUUCUAGUCAUAUUUUUCUUAAUUCCGGUUGGUGCUGUGCAAGUACUGGCGAAUUUAGAGCAAUUAAUAAAAUACAUGCCAUUUCUUGAACCUCUUUCCAGAUGGAAAUAUGUGGAAUCGUUCAUCAGUGGCUUCUUGCCUGGAGCAAUCCUUAAGAUAUUUCUUUUGAUAAUUCCGUAUGUGCUAAGAGAGCUGACCAAGUUUGAAGGCCAUGUCUCAAAAUCAAAAAUAGAGAAAUACACGGGCGUCAAGUACUUCGUGUUUUUGGUGGUGAAUGUGUUUUUUGGGAACGUCCUAAUCGGUUCCCUAUUUGACCAGCUUAGGCAAUAUAUUGCUGCACCCACUUCGAUUCCCAGGGCUUUCGGUGUCUCAAUACCAAAGAAGGCUACCUUUUUCAUGACCUUCAUCAUGAUAGACGGGUGGACAAGUAUUGCUGCUGAAGUGCUUCGCCUUUGGCCCCUGAUAUGGUAUCAUAUUACGUCAGUUUUGUUCGUACGAACUGAUAAGGAACGAGUGAAAGUUAUCCCAGCUACACCUCCAGCCUAUUUUAUUGUUCUCCCUCGUUUGAGCCUCUACAUUUUACUCGGUCUCGUCUACGCCGUCAUCUCACCUCUUAUACUGCCGUUCUUAUGUGUCUUCUUCGCUUUUGGCUUCCUCAUAUAUCGAAAUCAGGUAAUAAAUGUGUAUGAACCAGAAUAUGAGAGUGCCGCAUCUUUUUGGCCGAGCUUUCACCGCAACGUAAUUGUUGCUCUUAUUCUCAAACAUGUCACGCUCAUUGGUUUAUUCUCUGUGAAGCGAGCAUUUGCAUCUACACCUUUCUUACUUCCGCUUCCUAUUGUCACGUACUUAUUCCAUUUGUUCUGCUCCGAAAAGUUUUAUCAUGCAUUUGUAAAUUAUCCCCUACAGGAGGCUAGGCUGAAAGACAAAAACGAGCUGGGGGUGGACGUCAAGUCAUUUCUGGAAACAGCGUACUUGCAUCCUUCCAUCAAGUUGGCUCCCGUAGACAGCGAUAGUGACGAUGAUCCAGACACAAUAAAAAAUGGUACUGCUCCAAAUGGGAACCAAUCGGGUCCUGAUGAACCUUCAACUGUCAAAAAUGCAACUUCGAAUGAAUCCUCCUACAAGGGACUCCGCGACAGUAGUCAUCACUCUACUAAUCCUCAUGCAAGUGGACCAUAUGUUCAUCGAGGGGGUAGUGGUUCAUCUGGUUCUCGUAGACGGUGGUCUAAACAAAUCAGCGCUGUUGGUUCUCCAGACUUUUACGAUGCUGGUAGCUCCAUUUCCAGUCCAGUCUUGUCAAGGGAAAACUCUAUGGAUACCUUCCGUAAUGCCUCCGUGGCAUCUUCUCACGAUCCAAGUCAACGUGGAGGACAUGUAGAAGCGACCGACUUGAGACAAGUUCACGUGAGCAGUCAAGAGCCUGCUCCAUUGAACCAUCAAAGCAGUUUCGAAACUACUGCAGUUCCUCCAACUACUUCAGAAGAUAAGUCUGCGGAGACUCAUUCCACAGAAGGUAAACGUGACAGAAGAGAACAAGGGAGUAUUGACAGGCUUCCUUCACUAGGUGCAUUGGAUCAAGCGCCACUUGGCCAUUCCGAACCAUAGGGCUCAGAUAUAUAUUCCCUUUCAAGGGACUUUUUAAAAAAGAAUUAUUUUCAUUUUUUUAAUUAGGGUCGUUUUAGUAGUUCUUGGUCUUAUCAUAAGACUCCAGUUUCUUAUUCUGGUGGAAACGAGUCAUAGAUCUCUGGCGACUCAAUUGCGAGACAUGCGUAGCCUAUAAGUCAACAUUUAAUCCAACCAUAGGGGAAGACCCCCCCACAACCUUGAACUUCAUCCAUGUAAAGCUGAAAGUGUACCAUAGUGAGAAUCAAUUUCGAACAUGUUGGGCUAAAUCUAGAGCUCAUGUGGUGGAUUGCAAUGAGCCUCUGAUAAUCAGAAUCGAGUGACUUGAGUUAAGAUGCACGUAGAAGCUUGUCUGCUCAUUGUUUUGAACCUUGAAGAAGACUCAUCAGAACUUUGAGUUUGAAUAA